AUGGUUUCCAAUGGUCAUUACCCCGGCAACGGUCCCCUCAAGGGCAUCCGCGUGCUGGACAUGACAGUGUGGCAGUUCGGUCCGGUGAGCGCCGCCAUGAUGGGCGACAUGGGCGCCGAUGUCAUCAAGAUUGAGGCGCUCGACGGCGAUGCGGGCCGCGGGCUAUGGCGCGCAUCCACGCUAAACAUGGAUCUGGGCGAGGGACGCAACGCCUACUUCGAAGCCUGUAACCGCAACAAGAGAGGCAUCGCGGUCAACCUUAAAACCGAGGCGGGACGGCAGAUAAUCUAUAAGCUCGUCAAGGACGCUGAUGUGUUCGUUCAGAACUACCGCCAGGGGGUGGCGGAGCGUCUGGGCGUUGGAUAUGAGGCCCUGCACGAGAUUAACCCAAUGCUGGUUUACGGCUCCGGCAACGGAUAUGGCCCCGAAGGCCCCGAUUCGCAUCUUCCCUCGUUCGACGGCUGUGGGCAAGCGCGCGCAGGUCUGAUGAUGUCGGCAACGCCGCCGGGCGCAGAGAUACCCUACGCGCAUCUCACAGGGCGUGUCAGACCAGAUGGGCGCGAUAAUGCUCUGCCUUGGCGUUCUAUCAGCGCUGGUAUGCCGCGGUCAGCAGGGCAUCGGUCAGAAAGUGGAAGCAUCGCAUCUGAGCGCUAA